GAACAUGCACGAACCCUAGCUAGCCCUCCCUUCCCCUUCCCUUUUGGAGUUGGAUCCUGUCUCUGCCUCCCUCGCGGGUCGCGGCGCAAGGAGGCGAGCGAGCAGUGCAUCAUCAGUGCCCGCCAUGGUGCUGGGCAAGGUCGCCAUCGUCAUCGGCUCCGGAAUCAUCGGAACAAUACUCACAAGCGGUGACUCCAGCCUUCCCGACUUCAGGGAUGUACUCUCCGGUGCUUUCAAGUUCAUGACCAAGAAAGCAAAGCAAGGUAAGGAUGGGCCAUCUACCAGCUCUCCGCAUACUGCUCAGUUGUUGACUCAGGUCAAUUAUCUCAGAGAGGAGCUGCAAAUGUUGUCCAAAUCAAAUCAUGUUGCUAUCGUCACUGUCGACGGUAGACCUGGUCCUGGUGCUUAUGGUAUAACAGCUGUUGUUGUUGGAGCUAUUGGCUAUUUAUUCAUAAGAUGGAAGGGAUGGAAACUUUCUGAUAUGAUGUUUGUGACGAAGCGUGGCUUAUCUGAUGCCUGCAAUGUAGUGGGGAAACAAGUGGAUCAGGUUUCGGAAAAUGUUAAUGCUGCAAAGAGGCAUCUUGCUGGAAGGAUUGAUCGUGUGGAUUGUAGUUUAGAUGAAUGCCAAGAAAUUACAGAAGCCACAAAGCAAGAGGUUACAAUCAUCCAUGGGGAUCUUAGUGCCUUCCAGAAGGAAAUGGAAACAGUUCAUCUUGUAGUUCGUAGUCUGGAGACGAAGCUUGGACGUCUUGCUUAUACUCAAGACCGUACAACACGAGGAAUAUAUGACUUGUGUGAAUUUACUAAAAGAUUGGAUCAGAGCUCGAAAGCUGAUACUCGUCAGGUCGCAUCAACUCCUCAUCUUGCUAUCGAAUCUUCAGAGGGAAUUUCUAGGGCUGCUUCUUUGCCUCCGGCUUUGGAACCAGAGUCUCCUGCAGCUCAAUCACCAAGAACAGAGACACCUAAGGUUGUGCGUUCAUCUACAACCAUGUCAGCAUCAGGACUGAGUAUGCUAGUUGGAGCUUCAAUGCCGCCUAAAAGAGAGCAUCAGGCUGUUUUUAGCAGAGCAAGUUCUAUGAAGCAAGGAUGCUCCGAGUCACCGAGUGUGGUGCCAAGCUCGGCGGAACCCAGCCCCAGAAGACCCGGCAGUUCAACUCUGUUUGGAGGGCUUGGCUUUCUAAGGAGCUACACUAGGUGAGACGUAUGUGCUCUCAGGUAGAUAGCGUUUUUAUCCAAAGAGGACAGCAGCUUAACACCCUAUAUAUGUAGGCAGUAGAAAACAGGGCAGUUGCCAAAAGGACAGCUCCCUUUUUUCCUAUUGGGAAUGCAAAUUUUUGUAGGAAGUAAUAGCUUGCAGAGCAGCGCCUUGAUGCCAAGGAUUACAUCGUAAUUUUAAACCGUGUCUUCUCUUUAGUUGCUGGAAGAGAAACAUGAUGCCCUGUGACAGUAGUUGCUGUCUGGGAAGGGUUGUUUGUAUAUGGCAGUGGACGAUCGAUGUUAUUUAACGGUGAUGCUGAGAAUGAAACAUUUUGCAUUCUAGAACUAA